AUGAUCUCGUGUGCUGAGCGGAACCGGCAGGGAGAGGCCAGCAGAAGCCCGGCUCCGGCGGCUCCAGCGUCCCUUCUGCUCUGGCUCCAGGGCUGCUCUGGAAUUCUCUCUGUGCCCGCUGUUGCCAUGCACUCGGCUGGGCCUCAUGGGGCCCAAUCCCCGAUAAGCAAGCAGGAAGAGAAGGAUGCAGAGCUGGACCGGAGGAUAGUUGCCCUUCGCAAGAAGAACCAGGCCUUACUACGCAGGUACCAGGAGAUCCAGGAAGACCGUCGGCAGGCAGAGCAGGGGGGCAUGGCUGUGACCACGCCGGAGAUCCUCCGACCUGAUGGCCUCACAGUCACCAUCAGCCAGGUUCCCGGUGAGAAGCGGGUGGUCAGCCGUAACUGGGUAAGGAGUGCCCUUGGACCUGGAGCAGCCAAUGAGAUGCUCGAGAAUGAGGAGGCAGAGGACCUCACUGGUACUUUCUGCCUGGAGGAGCGGGUAGAGCUGGCGGUAACCAUGGAAAACAAAGCCAAGGCCAAGCGGGUUGUAAGUGAGAAGCCCAGCAGAACAAGGAACCAGGGGGGAGAAGGGUCACCUGGAGAGGGCUUUGGCUGGAACCCCUCCAGGCAGAUGGCCAUCAGCGUGGAUUCUGCAUGGAAGGGUGCUCGGGAACCCCGGAGUCCAGGCCUGGUCCCAGGCCCAGCUCCCCACCGGCCAGUGUGGGGGCCGCUGGAGGUGGGCUGGGACUAUGCCCAGUGGAAGCAGGAGCGGGAGCAGAUAGACCUGGCCCGCCUCGCCCGGCACAGAGAUGCACAGGGUGACUGGCGCCGCCCGUGGGACCUGGACAAGGACAAGCCCACGCUACAGGACUGCAGCAAGCCUCGGGAAGAGGGCCAGGGCAGGGCGGGUAGCACCAGAGCUCCCAGGAGCCACCGGAAGCUACAGCCCCCACCACUGCCCCCUGAUGGCAAAAGUGGUACAACUCGGGGUGGGCAACCUAACAGACCCUUGGUGGCACCAGCCGCACACAGCAAAGCCCGGGGGACGGAAAGGCUGACUGGCAGGGCCCGCAGGUGGGAAGACAGCUACAGGACAAAGGAAGGCAAGGAGGAGGUAGAGAGCCAGGAGGGAAGUCAAAGCACCACCAGCAAGACUCUGAAUGAGAAGGAACAUGCACAGACGCAGAGGAGGAUGGAGCAGGAUAGACCCCCGAGUGCCCCAGCAACCAGCCUGGCCCCGGCAUCCCCAAAGGGGCCAAAAGGGGAUUCAGGAGCGUCAUCAGCCAGUUCAGUCCCUGACUCUCCACAAAACACUGGCUUGGUUCCCCUUGACCUCUCUCUAGGAGGCACUGGCAGCCCUGGGCCUGGGAAGAGCGUGUGUGUUCUCAGUCCAAGGCCUGGCGCCCAGGAGAGCCCUGUGACCUGGCCGGAUGGUUGCGAGCAGGCCCUGGGGUGGAACAAUCCCCAGGCUGAGCCAGAAGUCCAGACUUGCUCUGAGCCACAAAGAGAAGCAGGGCCCCUAGAGCCCAGAGAAGACAGGUCUGGCCAGGCUGGGACCCAGCAAGGCCUGGCACCGCGAAGCAGGCCCCACAGAGGAACCGGCCACAGGGCAAGGGGCACAGGGGGUGUGAGGAGCAGGACAGGGUGCCCUGGCCCUACAGGGAGAUGCUGAGUAGGGGGGCCAGGCUGGGGAGAGGUGGCGGGAAGAACACAGCCAAGAGCCUUCUUUAUGGUGGAUAUCUGGUUGCUGGUAGCUUGUGGCAGUUUGGCAAACUGGCACAGUGACAUUAUGAGGGCAAGGAGCUGUCCUUCCCUGCACCCCAUGUGCAUAUCCCUGUGCACAUGUGUUUUCACCGGCAGGUACAGCCCCUGGUGUAUUCCUGUGCCACACCUGGUCUCUGAGGCUGGUGAGCCCUGUCCUGGGCCUCCUGCUGCCUAGGUCGCAAGCUUCCCCCUGUGGCGAGAGAGCAAGGCUAGGAAGCACUUAGCACUUGAAUGGCCUGGCCUCCCUCUCCAGCGGCCAGCUGCCAACUCCUCAGGUGCAGGCAGCCUCAGCAGCUGGCAUGCCCAGCCCAGGCCCGGGUCCUUUCCCAUGCCUCUGCCUUGCACCCAGGUGACUCACAGCCCCAGACACACAGGGUGGCCAAAGCAGGGGAAUCUCACCAAUUAGUUAGAAGCCUCCUGCCUUUCUAGAAGAGGAGGCUGAGGCCCAGAGAAAGGGAGUCCACAGCCGGCAGGAGCUGAGCUGGGAUGGAAGAGCAGAGUUCGGGUCUCCUCUGCAAAAGGGAGGCUCCUUGGAAAGUCCUCCUCUCUGUAAUGGGGUGAGGUUGGGCAGGGAGGGGAUAGCCUCCUCUCUUCACAGUAGGGUGGGAGAGCUUACCACCAGGGGCCCCCUCCUCUACACCCAGAUCAGACAUUGAAUAUACCCUGAAUAGGGGUCAGGGGGCAGCCCUGCAGCCCAGGGUCAUUUCCUGCCAUCUCCUAUUUCCUCUCCCCACCACCUCCUACACCAUGGUCAGGAAAAAGCAAGGACUCAGAGAGGAAAAACAGUGACUCCAGCUAAGUACGACAUUAGGACUUGUCCUUCCUACUUAAGUCUCCAUUACUGCCCCUCCCCUGAGGCCCACGUCUGGCAAAUUAUCCAGACUCUGCACAAGCUGUGGCUUCCUCUCAAUUCAACAAACAUUUCCUGAGCACCCACUACCAGCAAUGCAGCCGGUGGGCAAUGGUGACUUUGCCAGCAAGAGGGAGGGAAUAAACCUAAUCAUCUUGCAGAUCCAAGCUGCACAGCAGCUGUUUUUGGCUGUCGGUGCCCGACAGGGGCUGGGGAUGGUGGUAGGAGCCCAAAGGGAGCCAUUCCACCUCUGCUCACAAAGGCAGGUGGCCCCCCCCUUUCUCAUCAUGUGACCCUUUGCCCCCAAGCCCUCUGCUUGGCCCCCUCUGCUCCCCUCCUCUCUGGUCCUGCCAUGGUUGUUCCUCUCUGCUGAGGGCCCCAGGCCUCACCAGCAUCCCUAGGUUCUCUACGGAUUGUCCAGAUCAUCCCCAGGAUAUCUCCACUGUCAAAGUGAGGUCUUAACCAUGGGGUUGCAGCCUGGGCUUCCUCAUUGGCUCUUCUUCACCCCCUACCCCUUUAUUCAGGAAGCAUGAGGACAGAAUCAGACUGUUUAGAGCACUGCUUCUCACAUGUUAAGGUGCAGAGUAAUGCAGAUUCUAUUGUAAUUUAGUAGGUCUUGGGUGGACCUGGGAGUUUGCGUGUCUAAUGCAUCUCCCAGUGAUGCCUAUGCUGCUGAUAAGCACACUUUGAGUAGUAAGGGUUUGGACUAGCAUAUAUGGAGGGCUGGGGGCAAAGAUAGUCUCUAGACUCUCAUUGCUGGUUGCUGGCUUUGUAGGGGAUAGGGGCACGCUGCCCCUCUGCGUGGGGAUUUCCUGGCUUCAGAGCUGGGUGGGAAGCUGAGGCACGUGGGAAGAAGCUUGAUAGGCCAGUGAGUGGUGGUACCAACUUCCUAUAGAAGAGAGUAAGAAAGCUGGGUGGUAAUGGGAUGAGGUGAAAGUGGGUGGAAGAUGUUGGUGUGGAGCUGAUAAGAGGGCUUUUGGAAAGGCUUAAGAACAUUCCUAUGUAUAUGAGAGGAAGACUCCUGUGAGACAUGAGUAGGCAAAGGGUGUAAGAGUCCCAGCUCAAGUUUUUCUUUUGUCUUCUAGUCACACACAUUAGGCUUUAGAGCAUGGCUCUGGCCCUGGAACCCAUGUCUCCCAAAGGAUAGAGCCAGGGUAGAGCAGAUUCGGGCAGAGCCCUUGAAUGCAGAUGUCUCAGAAAUAAUUGUGAUCAAGAAUUUGAAUUCUAAGAUUCACAAACUGCUUCCAACUCCCUAUACUGCCAACUGUAUAGGUGUGCCUUCAUUCAAGGUUAUGAGCCAAGGCAUGUCUGACUGUGGGAUGGGGAUGUAGAAUUUGGGCCGAAUUCUGGUUCAGGCCUCACAAUGGGACCUAAGCAGGAGAGAAAGUUGGGCAGAAAGGCUAUGGAGAGAUAGGGCUUCUGUCUUUUUUGAUGUUAGGAUGAAGGAUGUCAUGGGACUCACUAGGGGCUGCAGAGAAUGGAGAUUGGCACAGAAUGUCUUCACUGGAGGAAAAUUGUAGGGCAAGGCAAGUAUCACUGAGCUUAUCUCAAAAAUGGGCAACUCCUCAGGAUCAAGAGACAGGACCACCCCUCCUGCUCUAGGAUGGAACCAGCUAUGGAGCAGGAGGGAAACGUGGUUGGACACCCCUCCACAAACCUUAGGGUCAUGGAAGGCUGGCUGUAUCUCGUCCUGGCUCCAGUUUAAAGGCCUGGGAGCCUUCCUCUUGGAUGCCCUUCUUCUCUCCAGACUAGAUUGCUCUUUAAAGGUGGGAAGUUCUUCAUGAGACACUGCUAUCAGGAAUCCAGGCACAGAGCUAGAGGAGCUGAGAAGAGAGGGCGCACACGAUAAUAGAGAGCCAGCAGGGAGACGACAGCUUUACCUAAGGCCUCAAAACAAGAAGAGCAGAAGAGGCAGAGGACAUCCCCGUCCUGGGCCCAUAAGACCUUGCAGAGGUGAGCAGCAGAUCAUAUUGCAAGGGAGGUUUUUUUUUUUUAUGACAGGCAGCAUGGCAGAAUGAAACAAACACGGGCCUUAGAAUCCGACGGACUAAACCUGCAUCCUGUCUGCUAUCUGCUAACUGGGAGAACUCAGUCAGCUUUAACCUCUAAAAGCCACAGUUUUCUUAUCUGCAACAUGGGUCUAGUAAAACCUACCUUAAAGGGUUGUUCAGAAAUUAGACACAAGACUAUGCAAAAUGUACCUGAUGACAGUAGGCACUUAAUUUAACAGUAGCCUGGCACCCAAAAGGCACUUAGUAAAUAUUUGUUGAAUAAAUGAAGUAGCUAUUUGAUGUGAUCUCUA